GGUUACAGAGAGAGAGACGUGUUUGGUUUUACUUUCACUUUUCAGAGCUGACUCACUCAGGCGUAAAACACACGGACAAAAGCCACAAAUACACAACUGAAUUUACACAAGAACUGAUAACACACAGCACCAACAUGGCUUUCAAAUACCCAGAAGCGCGGAGAGAUGACAGUAAGGUGGAUGAUUAUCAUGGAGUGAAGGUCCCGGAUCCAUACCACUGGCUGGAGGACCCUGACAGUGAGGAGACCAAGAUGUUUGUUGAAGAACAAAACAAGUUGACCAUGCCGUUCCUGGAACAGUGUGCAGUCAAAGAACAGUUCCACCAGCGCCUCACCGAGCUAUACAACUACCCCAAAUACAGCUGCCCCUACAAGAGAGGAAAGAGAUAUUUCUAUUUCCACAAUGAAGGUUUGCAGAACCAGGACGCGCUUUAUGUGCAGGAUUCUUUAAACAGUCCCGCGUCGGUCUUCUUUGACCCAAACAAACUUUCAGAGGACGGAACCGUGGCUCUUAAGAUAUCCACGCUCUUAAAAAUAAAGGUUCUAAAAGAGAUCUUUGCUGGGCUGUUUGGUCCCAUUUCUGAUGAUGGCAAGUUUGCAGUGUUAUCAAUCACUGAGGGAUGCGAGCCAGUGAACCGUCUGUGGUACUGCGACCUGCAGCAGCUGCCCAAUGGCAUAACAGGUUUGCUGCCAUGGGUGAAGCUGGUUGAUACGUUUGAAGCUAAAUAUAGCUACAUCACAAAUGAGGGCACUGUCUUCACUUUACGCACCAACCUGGACGCUCCACGGUACCGCCUCAUUAACGUAGAUCUGCAGAAACCGGAACAGACACACUGGAGAUCCCUCAUCCCCCAGCACUUGAAAGAUGUCCUGGGCUUUGUGGAGUGUGUGAACCAGCGCUACCUGCUGGUGAAUUACCUGCAUGACGUAAAGGACAUCUUACAACUCUAUGAGCUGGACUCUGGGAAGCUGAUCCGAGAUCUGCCGUUAGACGUGGGCACUGUGGUGGGUCUGAGCUGCAAAAAGAAGCACCCUGACUUUUUCUACAAGUUCACAUCAUUUACUACACCAGGAAUAAUCUACCACUGUGACCUGAGUCAGUCCAACCCUGAGCCCACAGUCUUCCGUCAGGUGGAAGUGAAAGGCUUCCAGCCGAGCGACUACCAGACGACUCAGGUGUUUUACCCCAGUAAAGACGGUACAAAGAUACCAAUGUUCCUCGUACAUGCACGUGGUAUUAAAAAAGAUGGCUCUCAUCCAGUCUUUCUCUACGGUUACGGGGGUUUCGAGAACUCCAUUCAACCAUACUACAAUACAGCCUACAUGCUUUUCAUAAGACACUUGGGAGGCAUCCUGGCUGUGGCAAACAUCAGAGGAGGAGGAGAAUACGGCCAAACUUGGCAUAAAGCUGGCAACCUUGGAAACAAACAGAACUGCUUUGAUGACUUCCAGUGCGCUGCGGAGUACCUGAUCCGCGAACAAUACAGCACCGCCAACCGGAUCGCUAUCAACGGAGCGUCCAACGGCGGCCUACUUGUGGCGGCAUGUGUGAACCAGCGGCCCGAGCUGUUCGGCUGCGCAGUGGCUGAGGUCGGGGUCAUGGACAUGCUCAAGUUUCACAAGUUCACCAUCGGUCACGCCUGGACAACUGACUACGGCUGUGCGGAUGACCCUGAACAGUUUAACUGGCUCAUAAAGUACUCUCCCCUCUAUAACCUUCCUCAUGCCCCUCGGGAUGGGCCACCGUACCCCCCCAUGCUGCUCCUGACGGCAGAUCACGAUGACCGCGUGGUCCCCCUGCACACUUUGAAGUAUGUAGCCACCCUGCAGUAUGGAGUUGGCCGCAGCCCCGGCCAGACAAAUCCCCUGUUGGUCAGAGUGGACACUCGCAGUGGACACGGUGCAGGGAAACCCACAGCAAAAGCCAUCCUGGAGGACACACACAUCUUCUCUUUUAUAGCCCAGACCCUGGGCCUGAGCUGGAAACCAUGAGAGAGGAAUGAAUAAUGUCUCCUUUUGAUGGUCUGUAAUCAUUUGUGAUCACGUGAGUUACUGUUUUUAACUGUGUUGACUGUUGCACAUCGUGCAUUAUAACAGGGGUCAUCAUCUUGAUAAAUAAUUUCUUGUUUCAAUCAAUUGUUUCUUAAAUUACAGCUGUAAAAUAAAUAGUUUGGCAUUUACAUUUUGAUACUUAAAACAACCUCUAAGGGGCAGUAAAGGACUGAAAUAAGUCCACCAACUAGUCUGGAUAAAAACUGUACAGAGCCAUCAGGGAGAAAAAUGAAAAUAUGGCAUUCCAGAGUGAUUUGAUAAGGAAGGUUCACUAAGAACCUAUGUGGCACACCCAGGGAGAGGGAGCCUGCUCCAAAUAUUUAACCGGAAUCCCAUGAAUUAAAAUAACAGCCUUACAGUUGAUACAAUACCCCCCAAAGCCAAGCAACAUAUUUUACAAGAAAAUUGUCACAUUUUCAUAAUUUCAAAAUGAACGUUUUUUUCUAGUUGUAAGAUGUAGUGGACUUGACUUUGUAAACUAAAAGGAAACUGAUUUAAUACAUCCACAAUUUCAGUUUCAGAAAUGUAACGUCCAGAAACAGCAUCAAAAAGCAAAAAAAUACAUAAUAAAUUCAAGUUAAAUUGUC